GCAUCGCAGAUUGAAUUGUUCAUGCAAGUGUGGAUAUGGCUUUUAAAGACCAUUACUAGGUGUUUUUUUUUACCUAGUCGAGCAGAAAACAUGUUUUUCCACUUUCGACGCAAAUCGCUUUGUCAUGGAUCUACAAGAAGCAAUUAACUAAUUAUUUGGGAGAUCUGUCCGGAACUUGGAGAUUAGGUGAAAUUCGGUGAUUUUUUUUCAAGGGAAAAUAUUGACCCCAAGUUAUGACGAGGUAGAUGUUACAUUUGAACAGUUCAAAGUUUUCACUGUCUAAUCAGGUGCAGUUAAAGCGCUCUAUUAUAAUGGAAAGCGCUUGAUACGUGAACAUUUUACAUAUCAAACUGUCGCAGGACGGCGUUUCGACGGAUUUAAAAUACCAAGGGGAAAUGAACGUAAGAGGAUUUGAGCAAUGUAGACAUUAUCGAGAUGAGAAGUUUAUGAAAGGAAAUAACUGUGUAGUUGAACAGGUUCCCUCAGAGCAACUAUAGUCUGUGAAGAAGCAGUUCAUACAGAGGGGUGUCGACACACGCCGAGUGGCUAUUGAACAGUGAUAUAGAUUUUUCAUUCACUUUAUUAAUGUCUGUUACGCCUAGAGGAUUUAAAAGAAGAUUCAUAUAUUCAAUUUCAUAUGGCACUUUUCUGCCGAAUAUAAUCGGAACGGGUCUGAUUGUCGUACAGGAGGAAUAGAGACAGGGGCGAUAUCGCUAUCACUAGACACAGCUUCAACCCCCCAAAAACUCAGGAAAAUGGUUCUCCGAGAGGAAACGGUGAUCCAAGUGAAGUCACUGGUGAAUGAGAUGGAGAAAUCGACGGAUUUGAACCACAUUAAGGAAGUAGUUGGUACCAAAAACAUAGGCAAAAAUUCCCAAGACAUGGUUCGUCCGAGGAGUCGAACCUCUAAUCAUUCCUCCAAAUCGGACCGUGUAAACGCGUGCAUGGCCAACAAUCUCUUUCAUUCGGCCGUCAAAGGAAGAUUUCGGAAAGUCAAGCUGAUUCUGGAUGGAGGAUACAAAAUCAACAGCAGAAAUAACUAUGGUUACAGUGUACUCGUUGGUGCGCUUCACAUUGACUGUGACGAGAAACGCGGGAAAAUGUUUCGCUAUUUGCUGUCGAGAAAUGCUGAUCCAAAAGACAAGGAUUCCAAACACAAUCGGUCCGUACUUUCCUGGGCAGCCAUUCUAGGUCGAGCUGAACAGGUCGAUAUGUUGCUGAAUAUUUUAAACGGUGACCAUGAUCUUACAGACAAGGACACCGAAGGAAUGACGGUCUUACAUCACGCCACCCAAGGCGGGCACGUUGGGAUAGUUAGGCGACUGGUUGAAGAAUUUCGACGUUUUCGAUUGUCUGUUGACGUUCAUGACAAUUUAGGACUCACGCCUUACUUGCACGCUAAAAGACUUGGUUACAAGGAAAUAACAGAAAUUUUACACAAAGAAGGCAGGGCUUGCCCGGGGCAGUCUGACAGUUACACGUUUAGGAGUGCUGAGGAAUGGUCCGAAAUUGGACAGUCAAUGAAAGAAAAACAACUGAAUCAGAAACGGAAAUCCAAUUUUGAGCGAGCUGCUAUAUUUGGAAGCAGUAGAAUGCUGAGAUUACACUACAAUAUGUAUGACACACCCCUUAUAAGAGUAUCGGCACCCGUGUCAGAAACAAGUGCUGAAAAUGAUAAAACUACAUAUUUUGUCGUGAAAAAAGACCCACCAUUGCGGUUACAGCCUAAACAAGCGAGAGAAAACUACACCGCGCCACCAUUCUCGAAAUCUGAGCCAAACAAAGCCGCGGUUGCAAACCAUUUUGAAGCUUCUAAAUCUGUUCCUAAUCAGUCGUUGUCAUUGCUUUCUUUAACACCCGGCGCAAGAAUGAAAGAGGCAGAGAAGUUUCAUAAAAGUCAACCUGAUUUAUCCAAAAUUGACAUGAAGCCAGACAAACGUGGCCAUAUCGCCACCAUAGGGUCUUUCAUGAAAGUGUUAGCCGAGCAAAAUACGACGUCAUAUCGUCCAACCAUUGUAGAAAGUCCACACCAUUUAGAUGUACCAUGCUUGCGCACAAAGAAAGACUCUACAUUUGCAAGCAUAUUUGGAAAGAAAAGAGCAAAUGGGAAAUGCCAAGGAAAGAAGAAACGAAAUUCAGCCAAAACGACGGUAUCUACGGGUAGCAAAAAAGCGAUACGAGCUUAGUUAUCAUGUGAAGUACUGUUUAAGUUGACCAAGUUAUUGUAUAUUAACAGAAAUAUGAGAGAAUAUUUAGCGUAUCUUGGCAAGAACGGUGUACAAAUUGACCAAGUUGUAUAUCAACUGAAAUUUCGAUGCGUAUUAAGCGUUUCUUGGCAAGAACCAUGUACAUGUUGACCAGGUUGUAUAUUAACUGAAAUAUCGGUGCGUAUUUAACGUUUCUUGGCAAGAACUAUGUUUGCCCCACUGAACAUGUGCACUUUGAUAUAUUUAAAGGACAAUAAACGAUUUAAAGGAUUAAACUUCUUGGUCACCGGUAGGUGAUUGGGUUAAUCUCCUUGUAAUAAGUUGUUUCUAUUUAUGCAAACUACCAUAAUCUGUUAAAUUUACCAUUUAAAGAAUCGUUGAUGGAUUAUUACGUGAAAUAGAAGUGGGCCAAUUUAUAUGAGAAUGGUUUUCUUAACACUUGUAAUUUAACAAUGUAAUAUGUAAAUGGCACUACAUUUUUUGAUCUGCUAUUUAUAUUACCUCUCGUGGUGAGAUUAAAGAUUAACUAACAUGA